AUGCGCGCCACGCUCGUUUCGCUAUUUAUUGCAUCGUUUAUUCUCCCCCUUGGGCUCAGUCAGAUACUCAGUGACUCUCAGAUUAAUACCAUUAUAUCCGGUCUCGACUCUGCUCAGCCUCCGUUGCAGUCGUGGGAGAUAGGCACUUUCGCCGAGGCUCUGCUCGAACUUGACACGCCACGCUGGUCGACUUUGACACCAGGCGUCGAACUCUCGUCCUUCUCGUCUCCGCCCCCCGACAGCCUCGACGAAGUGCUCGCGAUUGCAAAACGUCACCGCGCGCCGCUGCUCACGAACGCUGCCGCGGGUGACCCGUCGAGCACCGGCUUCGCGGUCGUCCUCGCAAACCUGACCGGCCAGGGCCAGGCGGACGGGCUGUUCUAUGCAGACGCGGCGGACUCGCAGAUCCGCUGGCUCUUCAACAACCUGCAGCUCUGGUCCGACUUUGUGUACAUGGUCCCGCCGUUCCUCGCCUAUUAUGGCGUCGCGACGGGCAACUACAGCAUCGCGUACGAGGCGUACAACCAAAUUAAGCAAUACCGGGAUUAUCUCAGGGACAGCGAGACGGGUUUGUGGAGGCAUAUGGUUCUUGGAUACUCAUGCGACGAAGGAUACUGGGCUACAGGAAACGCUUGGGCUGCCGGCGGGAUUGUCCGUGUCCUGGCCAUCUUCGCGCCUUCGCAGUACAAUCUCGCACAGUGGGCAUAUGCGAUCCAGAGCGCGCUAGGGGACCAUCUUGUGACGACUCCGGCCUUGCUGCACAACUACGCCGACGACGCGAGCACUUUUCUCGACGCGGCGUCCUCGGCGCUCUUCGCCGCCUUCGCGUACCGUCUCGACGUGCUCCUACACUCGAACGUGCUCCCCCUCGCGCACUUCACGGAUGACAUGACGCUCAUGCCCGUCGUGAACGGACACAACUUCCCCGUCGAGCUCCUGCUCCCGCCGAACGCGACGAACAUCGCCGCGGGCGGCGGCAUCGCGACGAGCUACGAGGCGCAGGGGUUCGUGAUCAACCUGCAUGCUGCAUAUCGCGACUGGGCAGCUGCGUCGAACACGAAGAGGAGGAGGGUGCUGAGGUGGAUGCGGCCGUAG